AUGACAUUUGCCGAGUUAAAUUUAAGUUCAUGGCUUGUCCAACAAUGUACUUUUAUGGGUUUAAAAUAUCCUACACCAAUUCAACAAAAUUGUAUUCCGAGAAUUCUAGCUGGUACUGAUUGUAUUGGCUGUGCCAAAACUGGCAGUGGCAAAACACUUGCUUUUGCACUUCCUAUAUUACAAAAAUUAUCUGAAGAUCCAUAUGGUAUAUUUGCGCUUGUUUUAACACCAACUAGAGAACUUGCUUUCCAAAUUGCAGAUCAAUUUUCAGCGAUAGGAAAAUCUAUUGGUUUAAAAAAAUGUAUAAUUGUUGGUGGUAUGGAUAUGGUUGUACAAGGUUUAGAAUUAUCAAAACAUCCACAUAUAGUUGUUGCAACUCCAGGACGUUUAGCUGAUCAUCUUGAAAGCUGUAAUACAUUUUCUUUGAAACAAAUUAAAUUUUUAGUCUUAGAUGAAGCUGACAGACUUCUGGAAGGUUAUUUUGAUGAUCAAUUGAAAACUAUAUUUGAAGCUUUACCCAAGCAGAAACAAAUCCUUCUUUUUAGUGCUACAAUGACAGAUACUCUUCACAAAGUGAAACAUAUAGUAUCCAAUAAGGCCUUUAUAUGGGAAUCCAAAGAUGAAUCUGGUAUAGCUACAGUAAAAGAACUUAAUCAACAUUAUGUACUUUGUCCAAGAGAUAUUCGUGAUUCUUUCUUAGUAGAAGUAAUUAGAACUUUUCGAGCAAAUAACAAAAAUGGAUCUAUAAUAAUAUUUACAGAUACUUGCAAACAUUGUCAAAUAUUAUCUAUGACACUAAAUGAUGUUGGAUUUAAAAAUGUAGCCCUACAUUCAAUGGUAAAACAAAAAGAUCGUCUAGCUGCACUUGUUCAAUUUAAAUCCAAUCAUAUAAAAAUUUUAAUAGCCACAGAUGUUGCAGCAAGAGGUUUAGAUAUUCCUACUGUUGAAUUAAUUAUAAAUCAUAUUAUACCAAAUGUACCAAAAGAAUACAUUCAUAGAGUUGGAAGAACAGCUAGAGCAGGCAAAAGUGGUAUGGCAAUUACUCUAAUAACUCCACAUGAUAUUAAAUUAUUACAUGCAAUUGAAAAUACUAUUGGUACAAAACUCACAGAAUAUAAAAUUAAUGAUAAGGAAAUAAUUACAAUCUUAACACAAAUAUCUGUUGCUAAACGAGAAGCGGAAAUGAAAUUGGAUGAAACAAAUUUUUAUGAAAAAAAAAUCAUAAAUAAACGUAAAAAACUCAUCCUUGAGGGAAAAGAUCCAGAUGAAAUUGAAGAAAUAUUAGAAAAAAAAAAAUGCUAUAAAUUGAAAAAAAAGCAGAAAAUUCCCAAGAAUUCAUAUAAUAAAAAUAAAUUGUGAUUAUAAUUUAUAUUUUAUUA